GGCUUCCGGUGACUCCGCCCCGCCGCCGAGGCCCCGCCCCUCACUUCUCUUCGCGCUCGCGGGCGGCUGCGGUGUUUUGGACCACGGGCGGAGCCGUAGCCCCGGUCUCCUCAGGCGUCCACAGUCGGGGAGCCGGGCGUCCGGGACUCCGGGCGGGUGUCCACGAUGUCUGAGCGGGAAGCUAGGAACAGCGGAGGUUCCUUGCAGGCGGGUACGGUGACUGUCAACGACGUCCAGGAGUUGAUGCGGCGCAAGGAGGAGAUCGAGGCGCAGAUCCAGGCCAAUUAUGACGUGCUGGAGAGCCAACGAGGAAUUGGGAUGAACGAGCCGCUGGUGGACUCUGAAGGCUACCCCCGGUCAGAUGUGGACCUGUACCAAGUCCGCACUGCCAGGCACAACAUCAUCUGCUUGCAGAAUGACCACAAAGCGGUGAUGAAGCAGGUGGAGGAAGCCUUGCACCAACUGCAUGCUCGUGACAAGCAGAAGCAGGCCCAGGACAUGGCCGAGGCCCAGAAAGAGGCCAUGCGCCACAAACAGGGGCACAGUAUGAGCUUCAGCACUCCUCAGGGCUUCGCCAAAGUGAAAAGCAUCAGUCCUGGCUCCCCAGCUAGCACUGCGGGUCUGCAAGUGGAUGAUGAGAUUGUGGAGUUUGGCUCUGUCAACAGCCAAAACUUCCACACGCUGCAUAAUAUCAGCACUGUGGUGCAGCACAGUGAGGGGAAGUCCCUGAAUGUGGUGGUGAUCCGUAGGGGAGAGCAACACCAGCUUAGACUUGUUCCAACACGCCUGGAAUGGGAAGAGACUUACUGGGCUUCUGGGGGAUGGCACCAUGGGAACGUGGGCGAUAGUUUGAGUGGAGGAAAGGAUGAAAGGAAGACGAGGAAAGCCAUUUUCCUCGCGCUGUGCCUCUGCUCCGGCGACCAGCAGGGGGCGCUCCGGCCACGCUCCCAGCCCCUUUCUGAGCACGUGACCCCAGUGCAGACCUGUAGCUUUACGGCCAGUCGCCCUGGUGGCGGCGGUUGCCAUGGGGACGAGGCUUGCUGGCAACUGUAA